GUGGACUGCGUCUCGGGAAAGGUCUUCUUCAGCACGGAGGCGGAGCCGGGCGAGCUGAGGAAACUCAAGUCUGGGGAGCGACUGUUUCUGCUGCUCAAAAAGCACCCCCCGCUGGCGGUGUCUAGAGAUAAAGGGAAAAUGCUGCAUGAGAUUAAAAGCCUUGUCAUUGAGGAACGGAAGUAUUGGCUAGAUGUUAUCUCUGUUUGGAAAAACUUUUGUGGGUGUGAGGGGAGAAAAGAUGAUGUCUCUCAAGAAAACCAGUUGCCUCUCAAGAGAAAAUCAGAAGAGACAGAUGUUGCAACUAAAAGGCAGAAAACAGAACAAGUGAGAGAGACUGUGUCUGAGGAAUGUCAGGUGGAAGCUGGAGAGAUGUGUGUGAUACCAGAGAGAAAAAGCCAUCAGGACUGCUGGACUGAAAGCACGGCUUCCUUACAAGACCCUUCCAAAAGGAGUGGAGAGAAACCUGUUGUGAGUGAGAAGCUUAGCUUCAGUUUCCGAGUUUCCUGUCGUUGUAGUGGAGCGAUUGCCAAAAUACUGACUUCACAGGAGGGCGGAAGAGCCGUCGGCAUAGCACUGAUGAAGCAGUUUGGGUGGCAGGCUGAUCUGCGGGACCCCGAUCUAGAGAUCUUUGUACAUCUUAAUGACAUUCACUCUGUG